UCGGAGGUUGUAUAUGCAAUUCAUCCAUUUAAAGCGGAGAGUGAAGAUGAGGUUUCUUUUGAAUUCGGUGAACCGAUCAUCGUAUUAGAAAAAGAUGAAUUAUAUGGUGAUGGUUGGUGGAAG